AAGCCUCACUUGCAUCACGCAAAACACACUACAGCACGUAUCCAAACACGCAGCGACUCCAGCUGAGCAAGCCAAGAUCGCCACCGGUCUCGACCCGCGCCGGCGAUGGGUUCGCUCACCGUGUCGACGGCGGCGGGCGGCAACAAGGAGCGUGAGGGAGCGGAGAUCAUCACGGGCGCGGAGGCGUGCUUCGCCCACUCCAAGGAGCUGCUCAAGGCGCUGGGGUUCCCGGGCGGGGUGAUGCCGCUGCGGGGGCUGGAGGAGUGCGGCCUGGUGCGGGAGACCGGGUUCGUGUGGAUGAGGCAGAAGGCCCCCUACGAGCACUACUUCCAGGGCACGGGCACGCGGGUGCGGUACGACGCGGAGGUGACCGCGUACGUGGAGGACGGGCGGAUGAAGCGCAUGACCGGGGUGCGCAGCAAGCAGCUCAUGCUGUGGGUGCCCAUCGCCGAGAUGAGCCUCGACGGCGCCGCGCGCGACAGGAUCUACUUCAAGUCCGCCGUCGGGAUCGGCCGCUCCUUCCCCGCCGCCGCAUUCGCCGACGAGGAGGAGGAGGAGAACAAGCCCGCCGCCGCCGCCGCCGCUGCCAGCAACGAGUGAGAGCACUGCUGAGACGCGCGCGCUUGGCGGCGACACGGCCUUGUCGCAGCGGCCGGUGCUGCGAAUUACGUGCGCGCACGAGCACGUGACGCGUCUUGUCUCUCUCGCGCGUGAUGGUGCAUGUAUCUUUCCUUUGCGAAUUUCUUUGCUUCUCCAUUGCCAGUUUACCACGGUUGAUGCGUGGAUAACAAUCGAGCAAGUAUGAUAUGCUAGUACAAAUUAAGCAAAA